UCUUGGGAAACAACCCCCACCACCCAGCCUCAGUUUUCCCCUCUGCAAACUGGGGUGAGGACCGUGCCCCCUUGCCCCGCUGUGGUGAGGGCCCGAGCUUCCUGUGAGGUGGACGCUGCCUUAUGAAAGAUGGCUCGCUGGAAAGCAGAGUAACAUCCCUGUGCGGGAGACCCAGCGGGCGCCGGAGGCUCCGCGAGGCUCCGCGGGCCUCCACGUCGUAGGGUGGGCCCGAGGUGCCAAAGGCCAAUGGGCGUGCGGGGGUGUGGCCUUCGACGCACUUCCGGACCUUCCGAUUCGGUGGGUGCAGCUUGGGCGUCCAAGCCAAUGAGAGCGCGGGGGCGGGGCUCGCAUAGGCGCAGGAGGCGGCGGCCCGGGACUCCGUGAGCGCAGCGGGGGCGGGGCCUGGCAGGCCCCUCCUUCACCCGCCCCCAAACUCCCAGGGUGGAGAGGGGGUCCCGACGUCUGGGACUGGUUGUCUGGGACACCGAGACCAGUGGCGGAAGGGAUCCGGACCCCCGGGCUAGUGGCAGGGGCAAGUCCAGGUCACUGGGGUCUGGGCCUGAGUGAAGGAGGCCUCCCCGCCCCUGGGUCCCCUAAGGCUGCUUCCGUUUGCCGACGCUAGUAAACGGAGCCAGGCCCUUCCCUUUCACCCCGGAGUGCUCGAAGUGUGGUCCCAUCCUGGUCCCAAUGCACUUCUCUUUGUGGCCUCCUUUCAUCAGCCGCCUGCCAGUCGCCAUGCUGUCCCUGUGCCUGUGCCGGUUCUGGCCCCGCAGCCCUUCCACCCGGCUCUUCUCGGCGGCCACCAGGCAGCGGUCUGGCCCCAGGAACUACUAUGAACUGUUAGGGGUGCAUCCUGGUGCCAGCACUGAAGAAGUUAAACGAGCUUUCUUCUCCAAGUCCAAAGAGCUGCACCCUGAUCGGGACCCUGGGAACCCAGCCCUGCACAUCCGCUUUGUGGAGCUGAGUGAAGCGUACCAAGUGCUCAGCCAUGAGCACAGCCGCCGCAGCUAUGAUCACCAGCUCAGCUCCACAACUCCUCCAAAGUCUCCAGGAACCACAGUCCAUCCCAGGGCUGCUCAUCAAGCACACAGCAGCUCCUGGGCACCCCCCAAUGCACAAUACUGGGCCCAGUUUCAUGGUGUGAGGCCUCAGGGACCAGAGUCGAGGCAGCAGCAGCACAGACACAACCAGCGGGUGCUGGGAUACUGCCUCCUGAUCAUGUUGGCAGGCAUGGGCCUGCAUUAUGUUGCCUUCAGGAAGCUGGAGCAGAUGCACCGGAGCUUCAUGGAUGAAAAGGAUCGAAUAAUCACAGCCAUCUACAAUGACACACGGGCCCGGGCCAGGGCCAACAGAGCCAAGCUCCAGGAGCAACUGCAGAGGCAGCGGCUGCAGCCACCACCUGGAGGCCCAGGGAUCAUGCCUCCGGGCACAGGCACCCGCCCGUGAGCAGCUCGCUGGGAUGGGGCCUUGCUACCCCAUGGGACUUCCCACUCCCCAAAACGCGUGCAAUAAAGUGAUUCUCAGA